CAUGACAGAACAACCAACAACAGCUGAAGAAGGCGUCGGCAGUGGCAGCGCAGCAGAGGGACAAGGAGGGGGAAUACUAGCCAGCGUCACCGGAGCUCUAUCAACAGCCGGCGCCUCCAUCUCCUCCACUGCUACAUCCGCAUAUCAACAAGCACCCGACCUCGGCGUCACCAGUACCGUCAACAAAUUAAGCGGAGCAGCUGCCGCCGCUACUAGCACCAAACCAGAAGAAGAGAAGGCAGCUCCAAGUGAAAGUGAUCCGGCUGUAUACCCCAAUGGAGACGUCACCGGCGACGUCAAGGGCGAGGUGAAUGGUGAAGACGAGGAGGAUCUAGAUGGGCCGGGGGCUCUGAGGAAGAGGCGUGAACAGAGGAUACAGCAGUCCAAGGAAGCAGGUCCAUCCUGUGAAUCCCGCCUAGGCAAACUGCAGUCCGAAGUUGGAAUCGAAGAUGGUAUCCCCACUUCGGCUGGCGCAGGCACGACCCACCCCCAGGAUACGACUGUCCAGCAGGCCACUACCAAGAACACUACCCGUAACCAGGCUAAUGUCCCCGCUGACUUCGAGCAGGUCGAUUCUCCUUCGCAAUUCGCUGGGGGAAAGGCAGAGAAGAUCUCCGAGGGUGGUGGUGAGAGUGCAACUCAGCAAGGGCAGAGUACAGCAGAGCAGGAUAGUGCCGAGACGACGAAUCAGGAUGGUGGCAGCGCGGGGAAGCGUUCCCUGGGCCAGAAGAUCAAGGAUGGCUUCAAGGGAGAGGCAAAGGUGCUCAGUGGACAUGUCAAGCGCGAUCAAGAGCAGGUACAAGCUGGCAAGGCCAUCAGAAAGGGCGAGGCUUGAGGAGAAGAGGAGUCUUCGCCAAAAUAUAGCGAUCGACAAGAACAUCCGUCAAAGACGAUGCUCCAUACAUAGACUUCGAGACGAAGCAACUUUUGCACUCGCAACCCACCUCUUCACACCGCCUUCCUCGGAUUUUCUGGACCCCACUUUUUCUUCACCAGAGAGUAUGUCUUCCCUUCCCUGCCACUGCUACCAUCGCAGCGAUACCUCUUCCCUCAUUCCCUCCGUGUAUGCAUUCAGUCCCACCUCAGACUCGCUCGUCCUCUUCCCACUAUUCCCUUCUUCUUCGCUUCUGGACGCGGACGCAAGCAAGCAUCUUAUCGGAGCGCAACGACUUCACUCCAGCUUCACUUCCAUUUUCAAUGUCAAUAGAGU